AUGAAAGUUUUUGAAUUGAACAAGGCAUAUGAAGAAAAAGAUAAGCAGAAAGUUAGUGAUGUUGGAGCUGUUCAAAAGAGUGCAUAUGCUGAAGAUUCGAUGGCAUUGUUGUCAAGACAAUUUGCUAAGUACCUGAAGCAGAAGCAGAUGAAGAAAGAGAAUAGAAAAAGUGAAGAGGUGGACAAUACAUCGAAGAACAUUCAGUGCUUUGAGUGCAAAGGCUUUGAGCAUAUUCGUUCUGAAUGUGUAAAUCUGCUGAAGACAAAGAAGAAGGCGCUGACUAGCAUCAAGAAAUCUGCAACAGGACCCACAACAGAAUCUGCAAUAAGACCUGCAGCAGGAUCUGUAGCAAAGUCCACAUCUGAGAGUGAAAAUUCGUUGUUGACUAAGGACAAGGUCAAGCUAGAACCUCAAGUUGCUGAAGCACAAAAGUAUGCAGUUCAGUUUGAAGAAGAAACAACUCAAGCUAGAUUUCAGCUGGAAGAGACACAAAAGCAAUUGAGGAUGCUUAAUAAUGGUACAAAUCAGCUAGAUCAUCUUUUGAAUAUUGGGAAAAGUCCUAUGGAGCGACAUGGUCUUGUAUUUAAUGAAAAAUCUUCAAAAACUGUUUUUUUGUGUUUGGGGGAAGAAGAGAGAUUGGAGCUACAUCUGCUACAGAGCCAAAGCCCAAAAUUGCUACAAGGACUGCAAAUGCUACGAAGACUGCAACUGCUAUAUGGAAAAUUUCAAAGUGCACCUCGACUAGUUUUUCAGCCUGUUUGUCAUCAUUGUGGAGUUGUUGGGCAUAUUAGGCCUAGAUGUUUCAAGUUAUUAAAGGAAAAUAAUCAAAUGGAGCAAGCUUCUGAUGGGAGAUUUUGUGGUCCUACAUGUUAUCGUUGUGGAGUUCAAGGACAUGUUAAACGUCAUUGUUUCAGAAAUAUUCAAAGGUUCAGUGAUGAAGGUCUAACGUUCAAGCACGUAUGGGUCAAAAAGAUGAUCUCUAUGAAAAUGGUGUGA